AUGUCAACAAAAGAACUUGAAUAUAGUUGUCGGACAGGAAAACCGAUUAGUCGUCAGGCGAUAUGGAAAAGGAAGAAGCUUACAAUGCAGAAAGAAGCUCAGGGCAUGGAAGUCUCAAGUUUUUCAUCGGUUAAAGAAGCUAUAGAGAAUUGGCCGUUAGCACACAGUCUUCAAACCGAUAUGGAAAUGCGAAGAAGGAUACUUGAAUCAGCAUUGUUUGAUAUCAAAAAACUUCUCAAGUCAUCUAAAUGUCCUACGGGCCAGGAUUAUUCUCGUCAUUUACAAGUUCAGUGUUUUAUGAAUCUUGAAUUGAAACGACCGGUUACUUUCUCUUCCAACAACACUCGAGAAAAACUAGCUCUACAAGUAGCAUACUCCUUCAACAGUGGUAGUAAGCUAGCAAGCUUUAUAUUACAAAGAGAAAGAAGUUGGAUUAGAAGACGAUAUAUACAAUCAGGUUUACAGGGGAAAACCGCAUCAGCUCAAUCAAUGUUAAUUGAUGAAGGUACUUUGAUUGCAGUUAGAGAAUAUAUUGCCCGUGCUGGACAACAAAUCAUUGCACAAAGUCUUGCCAAUACGGUAGUACGAUAUUGGAAGGAUUCAUUAUCAACCAGUAAUGAAAUUGAGAAUGAUUAUUCAGAGGAUAUUAUUUCUAUGAAGGAGACGAUUCUAGCUCUACAGGAUAUUGAUUUAGAUGAGACUAAGUGGUCUUUAUCUAGCCGUUCAGCUGUUACAUGGCUGCAUUGA